CUCUAAUUACAACACACCUACAGUACACUAUAAGCAACAUGGCUCCCAAGCGGCCAGGCACAUACAGCGAAUCCGGCCUCAGCGACACCGACAUCAUUCCCAUUUUGGACGAGCGGUUCAGUUACAACAAAGAUGACCGCGCGCCGAGUGGUAGCAAAGUGAUAAAGAUCGCGUUGGCAUCCAUCGGUGUGUUGCUCAUCGCCGGCGGCAUCGCCACGGCCGUCGUCAUGUCGACGUCUGACAGCAGCAGCAGUGCCGGCACGUCGUCGUCUCGGAACAAAACCACGUCGCCCAAUGACGUGGCAUCCUCCGGCACGACCAGCGACUCGUCAUCGUCGUCAUCGUCGUCGUCCUCCCAAUCCGUCACCAAAUCCAGCACGUCCGUCGCUGUGGACCCCGAGACUGACGUCGCUGCGCUGACCAUGCUGGCCAUUGGCGACUGGGGCAGUACCACCGGCCGCGGCAACGACGGCAGCUCCCCCGGAUCGUGCUGCAAACUGUACAGCAAGGGCCCAAACGCCGGCAAGGUGGACACGUCCAAGGCGCGGUACCUCGUGGACUACCACGCGCAGAAAUGGGUCGCCGAGCUCAUGGGCAUGUCGGCCGCGAUGCUCAAGCCGCCGCCGUCCCGCGUCUUGAGCCACGGCGACAACCUCUACUGGAAUGGCGUCGGCCCCAACGACAUCCAGUAUCGCAUGGAGGAGACAUUCGAGAAGAUGUACACGGCGCCGGCAUUGAUGCCGGUCAAGUGGGUCAGCGUGACCGGCAACCACGACAUCGGCGGGUCCGCCUACAUCUGCGGCGACGACAACGACAACUUCCGGGAAUGCACGUCCGUCGACGAGAUGCUCUCGUUCCUGGACAAAAAGUUCGACUUGCAAGCGUCCUAUGUCAGUCCCAACAGCAACCGAUGGCUGAUGAAGGACCACUACUUUCUCGAACGCGUGACGCAAAACAACGUGACGGUGGAUAUCUUGAAUAUCGACACGAACGACGCGGCGGUCCACGGCGCAUCGCAGGUGUGCUGCCAAUGCUACGGUUACCGAUGGAAGUAUACCCAGGCACCAGGCGACACGAAAGACCCGUGCAAGAACACCGUGCGCGGUGACCAGGUUUGCGCCGGCGGUGACGUCGAGAUGUACGACAAAUGCAUGGAACGCAUCGACUCGUGGGCGAAAGCGUCGUUCGAUGGCGCGACCAAGGACCUGAUGGCGUCGACGGCGGACUUUAAGAUCAUCAACACGCAUUACUCGCCACAUUUCCACAUGGACCCGCCGCACAUGCAAAAGUGGUACGAUCUGACCAAGACCCAUCAAGUCCACGGAUGGUUCAACGGCCACACGCACGGGUUCAACCAUGACGUGGCCAAGUGGAACACACACUUUUUUCAAAACGGCGCUGGUGGUGGCAUCUUUAGCGAGUCCGCUACGACCGUCGCCAACAACGAUCAAGUGAAAACAACGUGGGUAGCGUCGGGACAACCGUACGGGUUUCUUGAGCUGAGUUUUUCGAAAUCGUGGAUGAAAGUGCAGUUUGUCAGUUUUGACAAAACGUGGAACUUUAAGGGGUUCGACUUUGGAGAUACGACCAAAGGGGGGGUGGCCAGAGGACAUUGCUGGUUCGUGCCCAAGGUGCUCGACAGCCCAGGUGUCGAAUGCAAGUCGUCCGUGAAUGGUGUCGUGGGCAUGCCUACCUAGUCUGUCGAAUAACAAUAUCGUAGAUCAAGGUGUAAUAUUAUGCCACACUGUGUGCAACCCAA